CCCUCAACAUGUACCAGCCACAGCAGCCGCGCUCCGCCGUGAACUCCUGUCUAUGCCUCAUCCUCUCCAUCAUGACCGCCAUUGUAGUAUCCCUCGGUGUGAUCAUCUUGAUCAUGUAUUUCAUUUUCAGACCCCGCUACCCCGAAAUCCGAGUCGACACAGCUCAACUUACCUCCCUCAUUGUCACCAGCAACCAGCAGUACCUCACUGCAAAAUGGGACAUCACAUUCAUUGCCUCAAACCCUAACAAAAAACUCGACAUCACCUACAACGCCGUUUCUGUUGGUGUCUUUUACGGCGAAAAGAAAGAUAAUUUUGGUUUUCUAGCCAAGCCUCAUAUUCAAUCUUUCUACCAACCAAAAAAGAGUAAGACUUUAUUUGGAGUCCAUGUUGAGGUUGUCGAUAAGCUCGUCGGUAGCGCAAUUGUUAAAGGCAUUACCGACGAACGGUUUCGUGGAUCGGUGAAAUUUGGAGUUGUGUUUAAUGCUGUUAUCAAGCGUAAGGGUUUGUUUCAGCCGAAGGAAAGGGCUUUGCAGGUUACGUGCUCCCCUCUGAACUUUGUCCCGUCCAACACUCCUACUUGGGUUUUACAGCAUCCUGUAAAAUGUGAGAUAUGA